AUGCUGGGCUGGAUUGAGAAAGUCAUACCGCAACCUCCUGUCAGCUCCCCCAUCGCUGUAGUAGUGGGGAAAGACACACAGGCUGACCAAAUAGCUGUAGAAUCUGGGCCUAUAUCUGCAAGGCAGGUGAGUGGACAUCUCAAAGGCAUGCUGAGGGUGGGGUGGGGGCUUUGUACCAGGGCCGGCCCGCUCAUGAGGCAAGAUGGGGAGACUGCCUCAGGUGGCAGGAUUCAUGGGGGCAGCAGAUCCUGAUGUAGAUCUUCCUUCCUCACUCAUUUCUUCCCUGGUGGGGAUGGGUGGGAGGUGCAAUUUUGGCAUGCACCUCAGGUGCCAAAAUGUAUUGGGCCAGUCCUGGACCAUACUAAUUCCAUGGACUUUUGACAUGUCACAUUCUACCCUGGCAAACACAGGCUUGAUCUUAAGGGUCAGCAGUGGGAAUGGUGUGGUGAGAAUGAGGUGAGGAUUACUACAGGACAGCUGAGAAUGGAUCAGCAGCAGAGAUGAUCACACGUUGGGAUGUGGUUUCAAGUGGGAGCUGAUGUGCUUUAUGAAAACAAGAACAGCAACAACUAUCCUUAAUUUAUAGAACAAAAGUGUUUGGCCACUGGCCAUUGGUGAGAAAAUAACUCAGAAUUGAAAAGUGAUAAAAGGAAUAGGGAAAAAAAAACACAGGACAAAUCUUUUACCACGUGGCAAUUUAUUCAAUACACAAAUGAUAAUGGUCUUAAAGAAAAGCUCUCCAGAGCAUUGUUGCAGAUAUGGUUAGUGUGAACAGUACGGUCUGAACUACACUCUUUUUUAAAAAAAUUGUUUGCUAUCUGUGUUAGAUGAGACGAUUUAUGUGCUGUCCCCUCACAUAAGGUUUGGAUAAUCUGUGUGGGUUGAUAAAGAAACAGUUGCAUUAAUGUAUAACCUGGUAGUUGAUGAGAGGUGUAGCAGAGAAGGAUUAGAGAUGUUAUGCUAUAUGCUUGUAAUACAAAAUUAUUACAUUUAUUGUAAUAAAUGAAAAUUAUUUAAAGAAUAAAAUUAAAACAAGAGCACACAACUGGAGUGUGCUAUGCUCACCUUCUGCUCCAUUUAUAAAAUGAGCUUAACUCACCCUGCUGUGCUUUGGCUUUUCAACCAAUCUAAUUGUGUACACGAAUGCAGCAGGUGGCAGAGUUGAGUCUUCCACAGCACGCAGUGUAGAUUGGAGGCUGUGUGUGUGUUUGGCAGAGAUGCUUAGGAGGAUGGUGUUACAAGCAUGUCCCUGUUUACAACUGAGAAAAUGUUGGAAGGUCUGCAGAGGGUUGAAGAGCUGAUGUUGCUUCCAGGCUACUUUUAGUUUUGUUAAGGCAGCUGCAGCUUUUGCAGCAAAUGCAAUUGUCCAAGGCAGCCUUCCUUCCCCAACGUGGUGCACUCCAGAGGUUUCGGACUCUACAACUCUCACCAACCCCAGCCAGCACAGCUGUAUGAUGCUUGGGCUGGUGGAAGUUUGGCUUUGCUGGCUGGGGCUGAUGGGAGUUGUAGCUUGAAACCUCUGGAGGGGAAUGGCUGAGCUAAUGUGAUACACCUGGCUGCAGUGUAAUAUGCUGCCAGCCCUUAAGACUAUGAUAAGAGCCUGCUGGAUCAGACCAAUAGCCCACCAAGUCUAGUAAGCUGUGCUCACCGUGGCCAAUCUUAGGACAGCCCUCCCCUCUCUCAUCCCUGAGUCCAUCAUUUACACAGCAACACAGUGAAAGAAAUUACAGAAAGGUGUGUGGAGGGCUUUGAGCCCUAGUCCAAAGGCUGAUAUUUAAGAUUAGAUGGUCUGCUCAUCAAGUAGGCAGAGGAGAACUAACUGGUUGGGCUUGAGCAAGAUGCUUCUGGCUGAUCUUCUCUACCACCCUGUGGGUGCUAUUUCACUGCCUGAGAGUUGUUUUCUGAUUGUGGUUUCCUCUCUCUUGUGAAUCCUCAAGCUAACAGAAAGGAGUCCCGGGAGUGUUGCAGAAGGUAAGAAUUGGGGGUGAUGGGGAGGGGAAAGAAGAGUACGUGUGUAUAAGUCCUGGAGACAAGGCAGGGUUUGGAUUACAAAUUCUCAAUGCUCCUUCAGACAGCCUCUUUAUUCAGCAUUCAUUUUGAUUUGCUAGUGCAAAGCUCAUGCAGAUGUCCUGCCCUUACUGGGUAUUCAUUCUGAUUUGCUUCCAGGGCAGUUAUAUGACAAGGAGCAUUCAGCCUGGUUCACUUGCAGGGUGUUUACCUAUCUUCCCAUUAAUAAUUUGCUGGCCGCAUACUUCAAUGAAUGUCCCUGGCACUUCCCAAACUGCAAGAAGUCCUGUUUUGUUAGUAGAUUUGUCGUGGGAGGGUGAUGGAGAGCUCUAAUCCACUAGGAUUGCACAAAUCUAUGUUUCCGGUAUGCGUUUGAAUCCCUCUUGCAAAUUACUGACAGGUGACCCACAGGUGGGUUCAGGCAGCUACUGCUUUUGGAUGACAUCUCUGCAAAUGAAGCUGCAAAUGCAUUGCCUUGUUCGCUUACUAUCUACCUUGGUGGCCUGACUCUGCCUCCAGAAGGCUUGCAAAGUGGGAGGGAGUUAGAAUGAGUCUGGGGCACCCACACUAUUUUUUGGGUUGUCACCUUCUCCUUGACCAUACACCCCUUCACAAUUCUGCACUGUUAGCCAUCGUAACCACCUGUUGUGUCGCCAACGUUUUCAGACGCAUCCUUGAACAUUAAAAGUAUGGGCAGUGUGCAAGGAUGGCAGUAGAGGAGAGAGGUGCUGUGGAACCUCCAUGCACAUUUCCAAACUUCAGGAUCUCCUUUGAAAAGUUGCAAAAAUGCAACCCUGUCCCUUAAGGAGGUGUCAUGGGGGCAUCACCAAAAAAGCUUCUGUGGCUGUAAAUGUGAUCCAGAGAAAUCUUAUAUGCUCCUGGAAAUGCAAGUAGCACCCAAGGAUAAUUUUAGCUUAAAGCUUGGCUUUUCCUCCAUUUAGGGUUCAAAGAACAUGCUCGUGAUUCUAUCUCAACAACAGACAGGUACCUGCCAUUCUUUGUUUCUCUCCCCCUUAUUUUACACAUGUACCCUGUUUCCAUCUGGGUUCCUUAUUCUGAAUUGCGGCUAAAAGGAAUAGUAGGGGAAGGAGUCAUCUGUUUGAAACUUUCUAGCACACACCGAAAGGCUCCUUUUUGAGGUGGUUUACUCAGAGGAUGGUGGCAAACUGUACAAAGUGAGGCCUUCAGGGAUCUCCAGAACUGCCCCCUUGUAGAGAUGCGUUGAUUUUAGACCCUCAAGUCACCACUUUGGGCAAGACGAGGAGGACUGUUAAGGCAGAAGACAAACCAAAGACAAGUUUCAUAUCUGCAUUACAGGCCAAAAUGCCCCUAGUAUUUGUUACAGAACCAUAGUUCCAGGAGACAGCAGUUAAGAUCCACAUGCUGAGUUUGUGGAUCUGGCUAUAUUCACAUAUGUUGGGAACUUUAGCAUGGGUGAGAAGCCAGAUCUGGGAACGAUGGGAUGGGGAGCUUAAUUCCUUUCGCAGCCUUUUCAACACCUGCCCUCCUUCCCAUGUGGCAGCUGAAUCAAAGGCCCUGCUUUCUGCAAUUCAGGGUGUGCUCAUCUGAGUAGCACCCUUAAAUGACUGGGUGGUUCUGUGUAUAUGUUUGGGGUGAUAAUAGGGAGGGGGACCCAAUUCUUUGCAGCUAGCUGCCUUCUGGGUGGGGAAAGGUCUUGGCUCUGCUUCUGCUGUUAAGGUCUGGAAGGAAGGAAGCUUCUUUGUCUACCCCAGUCCUCCUCCUCCUCCUCCUCCUCCUUUGCAGCCCUGGCCGAGGAGUCCUCUCCUGGAUAUCUCAGGGCCUAGAGAAGGUGAUGCCACAGCCGGCACAGAACUCUCCUGUCAUGCUGCAAGAGGCUGCCAAGAGCUUUGAAGCUAGCAUUGAUAUCCCAGAUGUGGUGAGUAAGGGUGAUCCAGUUUGAUGGUAGUCUUGCUUUCAUCCUGAAAUGUUUCUGAUGGUGAAAUUUAUUUUUUUGGUCUGUGUUCAGACAGAAGUCCAGAGCAUAGAGGAGGAGAAAGAGGAAGAGGAAGAAAUAGGUAAAGUGCUUGUGUGUGUUUGUGUGUCCCCCGCCUGUGAGUGGGCACUGAAGUGUGUUCCCUGACAUGAUGUAUAGAGGGGUAAAGGUAAAGGUAAAGGGACCCCUGACAGUUAAGUCCAGUCGCAGACGACUCUGGGGUUGCGGUGCUCAUCUCGCUUUACAGGCCGAGGGAGCUGGCAUUUGUUCGCAGACAGUUUUCUGGGUCAUGUGGCCAGCAUGACUAAGCCGCUUCUGGUGCAAAGGAACACCGAAACCAGAGCAGCACACGGAAACGCUGUUUACCUUCCCACUGGAGUGGUACCUAUUUAUCUACUUGCACUUUUUGGCAUGUUCUCAAACUGCUAGGUUGGCAGGAGCUGGGACCAAGCAAUGGGAGCUCACCCCUUCGCGGGGAUUUGAACCGCCGACCUUCUGAUCGGCAGGCCCAAGGGGCUCAGUGGUUUAGACCACAGUGCCACCAGCCCCCAUAGAGGGGUAAGUUGCCUGUAAAUAAUUGACCAGCAUGAGGGGCCCCCUAUUCAAUCAUAGCUGUGCAGUUUCUCAUAUCUUUAAUACUCCGCAGAGUUCCUCUUAUCUGUCCCUCAGGUAUUCACAGCAGCUCCUGCCAUUAAGUCAACGAUUUAAGAAUCCUCCUUAAACUGGACACUGGGUAGGAUUGCAGCAACAGGAAAGGGAAUGUUUAAUCACACACACACACCCCACACACUGAAUGUCAUGAUGAAUGUCUUCCCCUAACAUUAAGGACCAGGGAAAGGGGGACUUAUUAUUUUUAAUUUUGCUUUAUUUGUUUCUAUAGUAAGAUGCGAAUAAAAAUAUAUCUAUGCAGUGUACAAACAUAAUUUAAAUCCAAUAGCAACAACAACAAAACACAGCAAAAUACAUUGAUGGAAGAGAAGUGCAAAAUGAGUUAUCUGAUAUGAAGGUUAUAGAAAUUAUAAUCUGGCCCUUUCCAGCAGACGGCGCGAAAGUAUCUUCUUUUCCAAUCCCCUGUUCUCUCUCUCAUUUCCCCUACUUCCACCAGUAUCUGUGAUUGAUGAAGAAGAGGAGCAGAAUGAACUGUACUACAGCUCAGACAACAACGCCCCGGAUAAAAUGUAAGUUUUCCCAAACCCACCAGGUAUUUUGAACUUCGCCUGUGCUUGAAUCCUAAAAACAUUAUACAGAAGUAGAAAUUUCAAGGUGGAGAGUCUGAAGAUGAAGCUUCUUAGUAGGAACCCCUCCCUGAAGGAGCAGUUUGGAGUGCCAUUUAUGCACCUUUAGCUAUGCUGCCACUUUGCUGGGAAUGCAAAGAAAUGCUCUAUGAUCUUAACCUAUAUACUAACUAGCACUUGUGCAAUGUUUGACUGCAAUUUCCCACAGAAACAGGAUGAAGGGAACCACAGGGGGGAAUCUUCUUUGUGUAUUCCUUUUAGUUCUAUAAUGUGGACACACACACAAACACUCUCAACAUGUGUCUUGCUAUAGCUGUGAUGACAGUUUUAUUGUGGACUAGUAAGAUGAACAAUCGUAAUAAUGUGUUCCUUUUCUCUUUAUCUCUUUCUUUGAAGUGGUGGGAAAAAAGUGAUCACUUGGAUUUGGGAAGGAUUUGGGAAAAUGAUGCCUCAACCUGAAAACAUGAAAAAGAUGGAGGUAAGUGCAGACAAGGCAGAGAACCAAUAAGAAAACAAAUAAAAGGCAACGGUAUUUCAUUUAAACAAAAUUCACGGAGACUGCAAAAUAAUACUUUGCUGGGACCACCCAAGGCUCACAAGGUGGUGUGUGAGAUUUUGGCGUACACAAAACUCUUCCUCAGGUUGGUGUGUGUGAGAGAGUGUUUUUUUAAAAAAAUAGAAUAUAAUGAAGUUUGCUUUCAGUCUCUUGGGCUGCACAAAAUAACUAAGCUGGGCUGAAUUGUUGCAGAAGCUCCCAAAUGCUGUAGAAUUCAUUCAUUCGUUUGAAUUUAGGUUUUAAACUGCUGACUUCCGGGGUGGCGCCAUCGGCAAUGGCCGACUCCUUCUGAACUGGAGGGACUAGCUCCGCGUGAAACGGGUCUUUUCCGCUACGGCGAAGCGGGGACCCUUUUAAAAAUCACAGGCGGAUGAAGCCUGUGACCAUGGGACUCGGCAGGCACCCUUAGCGCCCCCCCCAACCUGCAAAGGAACCCAUUAACGGGCUCCGAAGUGAAGAGGGGGAAGUGGCGCGGUGCUGUGAGUCAACUGCUAUUUCCGUGGAGCGAAGCCGCAUAGCCGUUGCCGGAGAGCGCUGCCUUUUUCCUGGGACAAUUUGGCUUCUAAAAUAAGCACCCAUGAGUACUUAAACUUUGAACAAUCGGACUUUAAAUAAAGACUUGCGAGCAGAAAGGAAUUGGACUUAAAAAUUUACUUCAAUUUGGUACUGAAACGGGAAGGUUUAAACAGGAAGUCAGCCUUCCGUUUCUUUGUAGACAGAAUAAAGCAAAGACAACGUAAACUAGAGCUCAGAAAAUCGCUUCUAAAGGAUUGGCUUUCAUCAUUUAAAAUUGUUGAACCCCCCUUCGGCAGCAGGAGAAGAAGGGGAUCUUUUUUGGACUGUUUAAACCUGCAGAAGUGAGUUUAAAGUAAAGUAACUUUCCACCGUCCUGAUCCUGGAGCGGGGUGUCAGGACUGACGUUUGAAGCUCAUUGACCAGAGACAAACGUUUUUGACAGAUAGCUAAAAGAAGAGAAACAUAGUGAUUCCACUGUUUCCUUUCGCAUUUUAAAGGAACAAAUAUUGACAAAAUAUCUCAAAAAGGAUACUUUGUUGCAAGAACAAAUAGAAGUCUUCCCCCUAGAGGGAGACUGUGAAACUGUAACUAAUUCCAGGGAGCUUGCAGCUGUCACAGAUUACAAUCGUGGGAAUGGACUUGUGACCUUGUAGGACAAUGUAUUCAGAGGCUCUGUUGUGUGCUCUCUGUAAAACAAGUGCCCUACUGGAACAGUUAAAUGAGAAGACGGAUUUGAUGACUAAUGCGGUCAGAAUUUUUGAACAGGCAGUGGGAAACUAUGUGGAGCCCACCCAGGAAUUAGAUCAGGAGUGUGUCCUGACAGAGCAGAUGAGAGAAGAGGAUGUUGCUGAAUCUUGGGCGCCAGAGAUGGAGGGAGCUGCGGCCUUGCAGGAACAUGAGCUUUUGGAUUUGACAAAUGAACUUGGAAACAGCCAGAUUUGGAAAGAUAAAGUUUGGAUUGGUUUGGAAAUGGGGGGUUGGAUAGACCUCCCUAUGCAGGGAUGUUUGGACUUUCCGAGUCUGGCAAUGGGCCGUGAGAUUAAGGUAAUGUAAUGACAGAAUAUUAUGAAAUAUGGAAAGGAUUUGCUGCGAUAAUUAUUAACUAGGAUACAAAAAAGGGAGGGGGAGGAGGUCAAAGAAAGAAGGUAAUGAGAGUUGAGGAUUUGAGAAUGAUGGAUUUAUUUUUGUCUGUUUGUGGUGUAUUUUUGCUUUUUGAAUUUGUUUUGUUUGAUGUGGUUUGUUUUUUCUUUUUUCUUUUUCUGCUUUGUUUUUUCCCCUGUAAUUUUAAAAACAUUUCAAUAAAUAUCAUUUAAAAAAAAUAAAUGAAUUUAGGUUUUAAAUUUUAUAGGGAGGCUCUCCUGGUACCUUCAUUACAUAUCUUUAGAUGCCAGGCAAAAACAUUUCUCUAUAACAAGGUUUUUGCCUGAUAAACAUUCAAUGGACUUUCAAAUGUGUUUGUGGGAAGGUGGCUAUUGGCUUGUUUUUGUUUUAUGUAUUUGGGGUUCUCAUUUUGUCUUUUUACGUUGUGAACUGACCUGUGAUCUUUGGAUGAAGGAUGCUUUUCUCUGAACUGCAGGCUCCUCCCUACCUGCCACUUGCUGCCCUUUUCUACUCCUUUGCAAAAGCCUGUGAGGGAGCAGAGCUGGCAUUCAUAAUACAGGUACCUCUUUUUGCUUUCUCUCCAUUUGUGCUACCAGGAAGGGACCCCAGGAAACCAAGCAGCACAACGGGGUGAGUGACUGGCUUUGGGGUGCCCUUGUGAUUUGGCUGCAGGCUCUUGCAGGAAGGAUGCUAACUUCAUUCUCCAACUCUCCUCUUCCCACCCCCUCACAGCACAGAAAGGGAGUUUACCUGCCAGCCCUCUCAGUGAACCAGGGAUGAAGCACCGGGCCUCGACUGACAACCAGUCCACUCGGAGCCUCUCUCUCUUUCCUCGAACACUUGGCGGUGAUGGGACCAGGUCAGUGUGCAGAGCAGCCUUGCUUGGCCAGUUGGAUCCAGCAAUUCAGGUGCUUCUAAAUGCUUUGCAUGGCAAUGGAGAACAGCAACCAGAUAUUGUAGAGUUGGAAAAGGUUCGGGAAAAGGCAACCAAAAUAAUCAAAGAGGAUGGAGCAACUCCCCUAUGAAGAAAAGUUGCAGUGUUUGGGGCUUUCUACUUUAGAGGAAGAGGUGACAUGGUAGAAGUUUAGAAAAUGAUGUACAACCUGGAGCAAGUAGAUAGAGGGAAGUUUUCCUCCUUCUCUCAUAACUCUAGAAUUAUGUGAAGCUGAAUGUUUGAAAAUUCAGGGCAGAUAAAAGAAAGUGCUUCUUCACACAACACACAGUUAAACUAUGGAACUCACUUCCACAGGGGGCAGUGAUGGCCACCAAUUUGGAUGGCUUUAAAUUCAUGGAGGAUAAGGCUACUUACCUACUGUCAGAGGCAGUAUAUCUUUCUGAAUACCAGUUGCUGGAAACCCAGGAGAGUGCCUGUGUGCUCAUGUCCUGCUUGAGGGUUUCUCACAGGCAUCUGAUGGACCACUGUGAGAUCAGGAUGCUGGACUAGAUGGGCCAUUGGUCUCAUCCAGCAGACUCAUUUUAUGCUCUUAUGUUUCGGCUUUGUCGGGUCACCUCACUGAAGAAGAGAAGACUUCAUGACUUGAGGCCCUGAGAUUCUGGACUUGGAUGUGUCUCCUACUGGCUGAGUGUCAGAUGACGCAUUCCUCGGAGGUGUUGGGUCUGUUGCAAGGGCUCUUCAGAGAGCUGUUGGUCCCCCCCAAAUUUUGAGUGUGGUUCUAAUAAGGAUCUUCUUCUGACCAACAGUGUUAUUGACUGGUUUGUUCAGGGACUGGAGAAAGUGAUGCCACAGCCUGUGACCAAAGGGAAGGAAGAUGGACAGGUGAGGAAGGGUCUAUUGGGUACCCUUUUUAAUGUUCCAGUGGUGGGCCGGUUUAUUCUUUUGCUGCUCCAGUGCUGUGUCCCAAAUCAUUCUGGGUAGGUAAGAUGAAAUGGGGGUGGAAUUAAAUUCAGUGGUGAUCUGAGAUACUGAGUAGGAUAUCAAUUUUGGAGAUUGAAUUAAUUUAGGAUGACUUUUUAUAGAGAUGAUUUAGGGGGUAAUGGGUUCUGCCCCUCCCAAUUUUACCCUCUUAAUCACUUAUGAAGCAGAUUAUGCUGAGAGGUGGUGACUGGCCCAAGGUCACCCAGUGAGCUUUACAACUCAGUGGAGCUUUCAGCCCUGGUCUCUCAAUGUUGUAGUCUGACACACUACACCACACUUGAGAGAGGAUGGUUUUGAACCUCUUUUAGGAGCUAAUGGAGCAGGCAGAUACGAGAGAGCAGAACUUGCCCCUUGACGUCACACUUUGUUUUCUCUUCCCAACAGAGUGCAGAAGCUGCAGACCUGAGCCCAGGGCAAGCAAGUAAGUCAUAAUGAGUCAUUUCCCAUGAUGCUGUUCAGGAGGCUUUUCUUAGCCAUUUCUUCUCAGAGGGUUGGUCACGGGUGGGCUUCUACCCCUCAGAUCCAAACAGCUUCUUUUAUGAUGCACCUUCACACAGCUGAGGGUGGGCAGUUAAACUUGCCUUUGCAGAUAGCAGAGGGAAUGAAGUUGAGAAGUUCCUUUGAAUGCUCCCUUAUUAUGUGUGAGGCAGAUCUUUGCCAACCUGGUGCCCUCUGGAUGUUUUGGGCCACAUCUUUCCAUCAUACCCAGCAUCAUACAGCCAUGCCCUCUGUGGGAAUGUUCAGGGUGGCAGGAGAGGAUAUACUGUUUAUUAAUCUCCUUCCUAACUUGUGCUAGCAAGUUCCUUUACUUAGCAGAGUUUACAUUUCCCUUCUCAUGCACAGCAGAAAACUAGCUGCAAACUCAUGUGAGUUUCUUAAGACAAUAAGCAAUUCAACCUGGCUUGUCCAGAUUGAAAUGUGUUCUAAUAUUUUCCUGGUGAGACCCCUUGAAUCCCUCCUAAAAGAAUAAAGACACCACAGUUGUUCAUAAGCAAUAAAAAGAAAGUUUACUCAUGAUCAGGCAGAGCAUAGUGUGAUCCCUGAAGGCAGGCUUAAGGCUUAAAGUUACAAACUUAUACAAACAUCUUUAUCCCAUAAGGGAGAUGACCUGAGGGACUGAUUGGCUGGCAGCCAGCAGUUCAUUCCAGGAAGUUUGCAGGAUGAAAAGAAGAUGGAAAAGAGAGAGAGUGGCAGCAUGCCUUGUCCUUUAGGUCACUCUCACCCACUAGUCACAUGCAAGGAAGGAUGCUCCAGCCCAGCAGGAACAGGAAGUUUCGACUGGCUGGACCAAACAUUCCCUUGCAUGUCCACUCUAGGAAAACAAGGAAUGUUGUAUUUGGCUGCUGCCAGUGGAUUACAUCCCAUACCCUCAAUGAGUGAUGGGAGUUGUAGUUCAAAAGAACUGAAGAACACCAGGUUGAAGAAGGCUACUGUAAUGACAUUUGAUGAGUGCUGAAUGAAUGUUUCUGAAUGUAUGAGGAAGUUCAGUUAGCAUCCCGGGGACUUAGCGGUGGGCGUGUGCCUUUCCAUGCUGCUGAUAACUGCAGUUCUUGAUGUUUGCCGUGGAUAAUUGUUUGCUCACCACCUCUCCCAGUUUAUUUCUAUGACCAGGUUGGAAGGGGGCAUGCAAUUGUAUGGCUUGAAUCAAAUAUUAUACUACCUCUCCAGCCCUCUGCAGGACGACAAGCCUUCUGUGCUUCGCAGGUCAGGGACUGGAGGAUCCAAACCAAUUUCAGUGGCUGUUUAGCAAGCAUCCUGUUAAUCUGACUUUAGCGUGUUGCUCACUGGCCUGGGUGCUGAGCUCCAGUGCAUUUCUGUGGGCAUGGAGAAGGGUAAUACCAUAUAUCUAUAUAUGUAUAAAUUGUUCUCAAGUUUAGGGAACCAAGGGACACAAUAUUUGUUGGUCACCUUCCAGGGGCCACAUUCUAAUGGUGGAUGAGGCCAGAGGCAAAACUAGGUGAAAAGUCAGGUUUCUCUACUCCCCCACACACAUCUCUCCAUCCUCUGUACAGGCAAACAAGAGGCAUUUUCACAGGUGAAGAAAACAAGUGAGUUAGUGAAAAGCACUUGGGAAGAGAGGGUAGCAGAGCCUGGGGAAGGGGGUACAGGUAACCCACCAAGAACUGGAAUUGCUCUGGGGGGUGGGGAAGCUGAGGGUUUUUGUUUUGUUUUGCUUUGAAGCAUUUCAAAUGGGUUUAUGUUCCCAGUGAGGCUGUGAAAACACCAGACCCCUUCCACUCCCCCAGUCCAAACUCUUUCCUUUAACUUCUUCUCCUUUUGUUUCAGGGAGCAAAGGGGCUUAA